GUUCUGGGGCGGAGGGUCCCCGAGGUGCCAUGGCGGACGCCGCCUCCGAGGACGCCGAGGACUUGUUCCUGGAGAAGUUCCAGAGCCAGCCUUACCGUGGCCGCUUCCGCGAGGACCGCUGGGAAGAGGAAUUUGAAAAGAUCCCUCUCUUUAUGAAGAAAGCACCGUCAGAAAUUGAUCCCAAGGAGAAUCCUGACCUGGCUUGCCUGCAGUCAAUUAUUUUUGAUGACGAGCGACCUCCAGAAGAACAAGCCAAGACCUAUAAAGAUGAGGGCAAUGAAUACUUUAAAGAAAAAGACUAUGAAAAAGCUGUGAUUUCGUAUACUGAAGGCUUAAAGAAAAAAUGUGCAGACCCUGAUUUGAAUGUUGUUCUUUACACCAACCGGGCAGCAGCACAGUACUAUCUGGGCAAUUUUCGUUCUGCUCUCAAUGAUGUGACAGCUGCCAGAAAGCUAAAAUCCUGCCACCUUAAAGCAAUAGUAAGAGGUGCCUUGUGCCAUCUGGAACUGAAAAACUUUCCUGAGACUGUGAACUGGUGUGACGAGGGGCUGCAGAUAGAUGCCAAAGAGAAGAAGCUUCUGGAAAUGAGGAUUAAAGCAGACAGACUAAAGCGGACUCAACAGAGGGAUAUAAGGAAAGCAAAGCUGAAAGAGAAGAAGGAGCAGAAUCAGAAUGAGGCUUUACUCCAGGCCAUCAAGGCUAGGAACAUCAAGCUAGUCUCUGAAGCUGCCAGUGAGGAUGAAGACUCUGCCUCAGAAGGUCUAAGUGCACUCCUGGAUGGGCUCAGCUUUGAGAAGCCCUAUGGCACCAGGCUGAGUAUAGAUGACCAGGGCAGACUGAGCUGGCCUGUGCUCUUUCUGUACCCGGAGUAUGCCCAGUCGGACUUCAUCUCUGCUUUUCAUGAGGACUCCAGGUUUAUUGAUCAUCUAAUUGUGAUGUUUGGUGAAACACCCUCUUGGGACUUAGAGCAAAAAUACUGCCCUGAUAAUUUAGAGAUCUACUUUGAAGAUGAGGACAGGGCAGAACUGUACCGGGUGCCUCCUAAGAGCACCUUGCUGCAGGUGCUACAGCAUCCCAGAGAGGAAGGGAGAGAGAAACAUUGAUGAGUCAUCAGCUGCCUCCUACACGCCCCCUCCUGGGGAUUGAACACACAACCCAGGCAUGUGGCCUGACCAGGAACUGAACCAUGACCUUCUGGUUUAUUGGUGAUGCUCAACCGCUGAGCUACGCUGGCCAGGUACUUCGUAAAAACCCUGACACCAGCAUUUUUAGUCUGUGUGGAAUCCUCUCCUUUUUGUAGAAAUUAUCUCCAGGGGAGAAAGGUGCACCAGGUAAAGUGACUGAGCCAGGCUGCAGAGCCAGGCACCUGGAUCUUCUCCCAUAUCCACCUCUGCCCGGAAUACAGCAUACUUAAAUCAGCUGGACAUAGUCCUAGAAUCCAACACUUUUUUCCGUCACCUUGGAGACCGUCCUUCCUCACACUGGGGGGGGGGGGGGGGGGGGGGGGGAAGAGCUGCUGACUUCCUUGAGCUGCAGCCGCUCUGAUCAAAGUGAUGGACCUAAGCUAGUCUUCAUUCUCCUCUGUUGAUACAAAACUGUGCCUUGGUCAUGGCAUCCUUUAGGACUCUGAGCUGUGCUAACUACCAGCCUCCCUCCCUGAAGGGACCAUGUGUUGCAAUUACCACAGCAACUGACCCAUGGAACUCCCUGGACUGACUCAGGAUCUAGUGAUCCGGUUCUGAACCUUUGCAGAGCUAGAGGCUUUGGAGAAGCUAGCCCUCAAACUGCCUAUAUACAAACCAUGUCUGUAAUUUAAGGCACUAAAGCUGAGACUGGCCUCCAGUUAUUUCAUGAGCAUGGAGGGUUGCUCUGUGGGAUACUGACUGAAGAUACCUUGGAGCAAGAUGGGGCCAGGAAAUCUGGGUCCUGUUUCUACAUCUGUAAACACCAACAAUCUGGCAUUCUCCAGAACCCCUCAAAGGUUUGCCAGUUUUCCUGAUCUCUGCAGGAUGGAGGACUAUGAUACACUUGGACAGUGAACUCUGAAUUCUUCCCCAGUUUUUCACAUUUUAGGAUUUUGUGCCUUUUAAACUGGAAAACCUUUUGGCAUGUUGAGUCACUGUCAUAAGUUGUACCUAGAGGGCUUUAUAUGCCCUUACACAUAGCCAUGGGACUUUUUGCAGUGCCCACCCACCCCUUCCCCCGGGGAGGAGUGUACUCCCCUGAAGAGCCAUGGUGUGGAAGGUUCAUGUUCUUUCUCCUUUGCCAUGAAAACUUAUUUCCCAGAUUAGGGCUGUCCUUCAGCUUGGGCACCAGAAUGGUAAGACAGUGGAGCAGAGCUGCAGCAGCUGCCCUGCAGCCACUGGUUGUAACAUGAAAGAGGAAUAAAUGCUUGUAGUAAUGG